AUGAAGGACGUCGAGGCCCGGCCGAGGGCACCAUUUGGCGACAAUCCGGAAACCUCUAUGGGUGCCCAUGACAAGGCUAGCCACUACAGUAACCUGCGAGAACGCCUUUCGGCUAGGAUAUCACCACCACCUCUGAAACGCCAACGCACGGGAUUAAGUACUUCAAUUCCCACGCGAGCUCGACCAAGCUCAACAGCCCUACCGACACGACCUCUUCCGGGUCUUCGCGAAGUCAAGCGCUCGAGUGGUUCCAGCACGCCCUAUGCGCGUCCAGUACAUGAGAAGAAUAAGGGCGGCCGUGUUUCCGAAUCUUCAAGGAAUUCUUUUUCGUUCGUGGCACCUCAUCUCGAUCGAGAUGCUGAGAGUCUAAACCGGAGUGCUAAAUCGAGAAACAGCGAUGAAGCCCGCUCAAGUCUGCCCUCGAGGAAAACUCCAUCAAGCAAGCCUACAUGUCGUGUAUGCGAGAAACACUCUGCAACGAACUACAAUCCGAUCAUCACCUGUCCGGGGUGUGGGAGAGCUUAUCACGACAGUUGUCGAAACCCUCCACUCAUUGACGGGAUUGAACAAUCGCAUUGGAGGUGUUUAAAAUGUUUGAGCGAUAAUCUUAGCCGCGGGUCUUCAGGCUUUGCUAAACUACAAGCUCCCAAGGCAGUCUCUGUAUUACCGUCUGCCCGCAAUUCUGGAUGCAGAGAGGACAAAAAAAGAAGACCAGAUAAAGUCCUCCUGGUCGACGACGUGCUUAACAGCCCAGUCAUCAACUCUAGCAAAUCAGGGAAGGAUAGCCAAGCAAUCCAGCAACCCAAUGCUCCUCCUAUACUAGAACGUACAGAGGUCCCUAAUACGCCCACACAACGCUCAAGUCAGUUUGACAUACCCGAAUCUGCUCCAAAACAGCGUUUUGCGGACAACUCAGUAGCCAGUAGCGAUAUUGGUUUGCCGCUCACUGGACCUCUUCUGUUUGAGAAGACCACUCCCUUGACGGUACUAUGCUCAAUAUGCCGGAAACAGCGCAUUCUUGCAGAGAACAGCAGGGAUGGUGGCAACUGUCGCAACUGCCGCAAUCGGUCGCUUAUCGUAGAGGCUGGCAAGCUAGAGAUACCAGAGACACCUAAUGCUACUCCAGCCGACGAAGAAACUGCACAAAGCAGCCCGCAAGCCAUUCUCGUCGCCACAACAAGUACACCUGCAUCCGAAACGAAGCAGGCCUCGAUGAUCUCGUCCCAGUCAGCUCCAGUUUCAUCAAAUCACUUCAAAAUGAUUAAGAGUGGUAUUUCUGUGACAGAAUGGAUGCAGUCAGAGUCGAUUGCACUAAAGCUUACAAGACCGCGAUCCUCGUCCGGAUCAAGACCGCCGACGGAUACUGGCUCGGAGAGUCCAGCUGUUCCCCUGUCUGAAAAGCAUUACAAUAUUUGCGAAAUGGCUCAAAUAGCACUAGUUGCUGCAGAUGGAGCACAUUUGACUACCUCUCAGAUCAUCGAUUGGAUAGCGAGUACUUUUCCUUAUCUGCGAGAGAUCGAAGUAGGGUGGGAGAGAAGUCUUGCAUCUAAACUUGCUCGCGAACAAGAAUUCUGUAGUCACAAAAUCGUCGGACAAGGCAAGAAGAGGUUUUGGACUUUCGCUGACGACAAAGUAAAGGCCCAGUGUGAAAAGAAGCACGCGGCGUUUCGUCCUAGACCGAAUGCGAAUUCAAAGAUUUCAAGGAACUCAUCAGCAACAACUGAAUCCCUGGAGGCCGCCAAUCAACCUUUUCGAGGAGAUAAGCGGAUACUAUCACCACUCCUAAAACCUACCCAACCCACGCCAGUCCAAACCGAUGCUGCUCCUGAUUUGCUCAUAUCGACGUCAAAAGCUCCGUUUAUACCAAAUGCACUCAUUCCGUCGACUAAACUGAACGAUUCACUAUGCAUGCCCUUUGAGCGGUCCAUGCCACAUCAGCCUCAGAGCGUAUCCAACUCUGGCCAUAACAUCAAGCGUGAAACCAGCUUCUAUACAGUCUUCCCGCAAUAUCGAAAGCGUUCAGAUGUGACGAUGAAGUCGGCGGACAGGAUGGAGAAGAUUGCUGAGAUCAAGAGAAGGCCUUCUAGGAAGGAAUUCUUUGGUUCAGAUCACCGAUUGGCACAUGUGCGACGAUUUCGGAGACAGGACAUCCAUGACGAGAGUGAUGGGGCAUGGAUGUCUAGCCGCUUUGACGAGAGUGAGGGUGAGUCAAAGCCAGGUAAGGGUGUUGAAGAAAAGGACAGCAAACGUAACCGAUCUUUGCGUGAGGUUUUCGACCUCCCUGCCAAUGCCAUUCCAAUGAAUGAUGGUCAAACCGAACUUGCCUUCCGCGACGGGACCCGAAUCAACGGAAGGCUUCCGCGACCGCGUCAGAUAUACAGAGUUGGCAAACUAUUCGGGGGCGUGUUGACCGUCCGGGCGUCUUGA